GCUACCUUGAUUCAACCAACGAUCUACGCUCGUCUCCGUGCUUUUGUUUCUUUCUCUCUCCCUUCUCUCUUUUUCUUCAUCUUUUUCCCGUUUCUCUCAAUCUUGCUCUCUUUCGUUUCCGCGUCUUCGUUCGGCGCUUUGCGCUUCAUCCUCACGUGGAUUUCAUGCUGACGAGUAUGCACCGCCAGAUGCUGUGAAUACAACCACUGUGAGUGGGCCAGGGACGUGUCGCCGCGCAAAAUGCAUCUUCCAAGCUUGUGAGUCGAUAUCGAUAUCCGUUUCUCCAUUCUGGUACAAAGUUACAAGUAUUAUGAGCAAACAUUUAUUGACGAAUUGAAAUCUGGAAUGCGUCCGAAUCGUUUAUGAUCCUAAUUUGCAAAUUAUUUUUCAGCAAUGUUUGCUAUGUCGACGUAUUUGUAAAUUUGUACUAGACUUUAAAGUAAACUGAUAUUUUAACGUGCAUAUAUUAUAACUGUCUGUCUAAUGUUCAAUGCAAAUCUAAUUAAAAUGCAUCAAAUUUUCAAUCGUUGGAAUAGUAGAUAUAAAUCAAGUAUAAAUUUAAAAUAUUUCUAUUUUUCGAAAGUACUUAUAUAUGUCAACCUUAAAAUUCAGGAAGGUUGCUAGCGACUCAAUAAGGUCAAUAUAAUUUCUUUAUUCCAUCGUGCCUUUGCCGUUCUACAAUGCGUGGUACCGUUACACCUCUCGAUCUUAACGCCUCGCAAUCGACAGCUUCAUUUAGUGAACGUUUCGUUUCAUCCGGUUUUUUUCUUUUCUUCCUUUUUCUUAACAUUUGGCGUUUGUCGUUAGAAGCUAACGACCGUUAUUCUUGAUUUACUUCGCUCGAUCGUUUCACUAUUAUGCAUCGAUUAAGAAUCGACAUAAAUCCAUUGUUACACGCUACUAAUAAUAAUAAUAGGUAUCUUUCAUACUCAUAGCAACAGUGUAAUUGGUUCUUCAAUUCUUCACGAUACCAUGACAUUCAAAUUACAUGAUGACAAUAAUGCAAAUGCUGCAUCGUGAUGUAUCAAUGCCACGAAGCUGCAUUAUCGCAACGAACAAUAUUAUAAUGUGUUGACAAGAUUUCAAGUAAAAUUGUAAAUGGAAUCCCGAUAUGAAGAAACAGGAGAAAGAGGGAGCACAUAUUGCGAUGAACUGAAACUGCGUGUAUUGUAUCGCGAGCGCAAGAGAACGAAAUACCCGUGUUUUAUAAUAUUUGUUAAUCAUGCAACUAGCUUGCGAUAAAUAAAAGUGUCACAAGUAGCAAACCGUGCAAUAAAUAUUAGGUAUGUGAUGUUAUUUUUCGUACGUACAGUAUCGAAGUUGGCGAACGUGUCAAAAAGAGGUGUCACGAAUCAAAUUAAUAUUGAAAUAUGUCAGAUCUCUUGAACAUUGAAGUUUUAUAUUUUUUCUUAUUAAAUAUUCACCAGAUUAUCAUUAUGCAAGAUUUCUCAAUCUUGUUCAUUAUUCGCAAUCAAGAUUUUCUGGAUUAUUAAAUUAGACAUUAAUGAAAACUCAAGUUUUAUGUUUAAUGGUUUUUCUGUCAUAUCAUGUUAUAAUAAACAAUCUCUCUUUUUCUUUAUUAGCAUCAUUCUCUCUUCCCUAUCCUGCACAUUGCCAUUAAAAUCGACGGAAAAGAAUGCAAGGGAAUUCUACGCUAAAAGCCAAACGUUAAAUCCUAAUGUUAAAACCAACGAAAACGAACAAUCGCUUUUCGCAUCAACGGGCACUCUGGGCACAAGGACAAAUAUUUCAUCGGACUAUAAUUCUUUAAACACAGCUAUUGAAGGAAGUAAUACAAAUAUUACAUACACGUAUCCUAUCGACACGCAAAAGUUACUAAAGAAUGAGAUAGGAGAGGUAGCGACGAAUAUGUUACAGCCAAGAAAUUCCGACCGAAAUACGUACAUUUUUGUAAAAGAGUCAGGAAAUGGAAUCCGACGUGAAUUUUGGAACGCUUCGCGUAUUUCUAGAAACUUUGCAGCAGCAAAACUAACGGAUCAAAUAAAAGAAAACGAGGAAAAUAAAGAAAAGGAAGAUAAACCUAAUCGAGAAGAGGAAUCUUUGGCUAAACCCCUAAAUGAUUCAGGCGUCGAAAGAAACAUUUCAAAAUCGUUAAACAGCGUAAGAAAUAACACACUGCAAAAAAUAGGAUUUUUUCAAGAACAAGACAAUGAUACCAUCGGUAAUUCUUCGGCGUCAGAAGAACGCUUUGUCAAAAGUGAUGACGUGAUUUCCAGCCGAAUGAGUAACGUGAUCGCGGAAACGCGUGCCAUCGAUACGGAAGCUAAAAACCAAAUUUUGCAAAAUCGCACUGAUCACCAAAACUGGGAAUUGCAGGAAGACGAUUUCAUGAAAGCUGCGAAUUUCGGAUUGCAAGCUAUGCACGAUCUUUAUUACAUUCAGGAACCUAAAUUAUAUUCAAUGGGUCUUUAUCUUGAGAGCGACAAUCCAGCGAGAUACGUAGCAGCAUUCAACGAUCAAUCGGAAGAGGCGAGAUAUCUCGCGAGAUUCGGAUACGCAGCCCUUCAAGGCACCGCUAUGUUCUUAAAAAAGUUUCCCAACACACCGCUGGAGUUGCCUUUGUCCCGAAAUAUUGAAAGAACCUCUCUAAGACAACAGUGUCCACAAAGAAAUCCGCCUCAAUGUCCACCGGCUAGCUUAAGAUACAGAACGUCUGAUGGUAGUUGUAAUAAUCUACAGAAUCUCUGGUGGGGUUCCGCGAUGUCCACAAUGCAGAGAUUUCUACCGCCGGAGUAUCAUGAUGGCGUUCAGAGCAUCAGAAGAUCGAAAGAUGGAAGAGCACUCCCAAGUGCACGCGAUAUUACGAAUUUAAUCCAUGAAGACAAAGACGUACCUCUAGCUUCCGUUACUCACAUGUUGAUGCAGUGGGGACAAUUCGUAGAUCACGAUUUGACAGCAACCGGACAAAGCAGAGGAUUCAAUGGUACGGUACCACGAUGCUGCUUACAGAGAGGCAUUGGUUUUCAACCACCAGAGUUUAUGCAUCCGGACUGUUUACCGAUAGCAGUAAACCCACAUGAUAGCUUUUAUGGUCUUCUGGGGGUGAGGUGUUUGGAAUUUCUCAGGAGUGGACCGGCUCCUAAGGAGAACUGCGAAUUCGGUCCGAGAGAGCAAUUGUCUCAAGUGACUAGUUAUUUGGAUGCCUCCAUGAUUUACAGCAGUAACGCCAUGCAUAGCGACAGCUUGAGACUAUUCCGAAAAGGUUUACUACAGUACGGAAGGCUACAAUCGCGAAGACUCUUGCUUCCGAAACGCGAAUCCGAUCUAUGCAAACGUGGCUCCCUAUCAACGACUUGCUUUCGUGCCGGGGAUGGCCGUCUCAGCGAGCAACCUGCCCUCACGUCUCUGCACGUUGUCUUUCUAAGAUUGCACAAUAGGAUAGCUACAGAACUGUCCGAUCUAAAUUCCCACUGGAGUGAUGAAAAACUUUUUCAAGAAACCCGAAGAAUUGUCGGCGCCAUAGUUCAGCAUAUAACUUAUCGAGAGUUCUUGCCGAUCAUUCUCGGCCCUGAAGUGAUGAAAAUUUUUGAUUUGGAAAUUCUUAAAAAAGGUUACUAUAAAGGAUACGAUCCGACCGUAAAUCCCACAGUAGCAAAUUCAUUUGCAACAGCGGCUUAUCGAUUUGGACAUUCGUUGGUCCAACGAAGUUUCGUCAGAUUCGAUAGCAAUCAUAGGCCUAUAUUUAAUAAUGUUUCAAUCCACGAAGAGUUCAGCAAACCCGCGAAUUUGGAGACAGCAGGAUCCGUUGAUCGUCUUGUGCUAGGUCUAGUGAAUCAACCGUGUCAAAGGAGAGACGAAUUCAUAACCGACGAGAUGACGAAUCACCUCUUUCAAACGCCCGCUUUCGCAUUUGGCAUGGAUCUGGCCUCUAUCAAUAUUCAGCGAGGCAGAGAUCACGGUCUGCCGCCUUACGUGCGAUGGCGUGAACCCUGCGGUUUAUCGCCGAUAAGGACUUUCGAAGAUCUCAAUAAGGUGAUGUCCCCAAACGUUGUGAGAAAAUUUAGAUCGCUCUAUUCGUCAGUGAACGAUAUCGAUCUGUUCCCGGCUGGCCUAGCAGAAAAAUCAGUAAUCGGCGGCUUGGUCGGCCCGACUUUUGCUUGCAUAAUCGGCCAGCAGUUUAGCAAUUUGCGACACGGCGAUCGAUUUUGGUACGAGAAUCCCGAAAGCGAAAGCAGCUUCACCACUGGCCAGCUGCAGCAGAUCAGGCAAGUUACUCUGGCGCAAAUAUUGUGCCACACCAUGGACGGCAUCGAAACCAUACAACCGUUCGUCUUUCUCGCGGCAGAUACGCUAAAGAAUCAACGUCUCUCUUGCGACGAUGCAGCUAUCGGACAUCUAAACCUCGAAUUUUGGGCCGAAUUUCGAAAUGCCGACAUCGACGAGUUGCAGAAGGCUAAGCGAACAACGAUCGACAUAAAUAGUGGCACCAUUUCUAGAAAGGGAGAAAACGCUAAUUCGAGAGAGAGAGUCUCCUCGAGCGAUCAGACAGAACAGGAACAGACGAAGAUCAUACCUGAGAAACCUUUUAAGACUAACAUCAAUCAGAGUAAUCGAAUCGUAGUAAAGAGACCACUUGGACGCCCGGAUAACAAUAACGUCACGAUUGUAGUGCAGAACAACGCUGUAAACGCGCCCGUUUUUGUCAACGACGGUAUUUACGGUUCGCGUAUCAGAAUACAGCAACAGCCUGUGAAAAAACAGCCGGCACAUUUCAAUCAGGCUACAAGUAAUUAUCUCGUGCACCGGCCACAAGAGAGACCCAUACCCACGACGAUUCCUCACUUGACCAGUUUUCACACCGGUAAUCCAUACAGACCUCAUGCUUAUAACGAUCCUAGUAAUCCGAAUCCGCUCGCUUAUGGAUACAGAUCGCCUAUUUCUGCACAGGAUCAUGUAUUCUAUGACAACUAUUCUCCUACUAGUCCCAGGCCAACUCUUUACACCUAUUACACGAAUGUUCAGCAGAAACCAUCUACAACCCAAUUGCCCGAUCGUGAGAUUGAUGGUUAUCUGAUUCAUCAUGGAUCCUCGUAUCACGAUUCAUUUUCAAUGCACGCCAACGAGAGACCCAACCUACCGAUGAAUCCCGGAUAUUAUUACGAAUCAAAUGAUAAGCAAACUCUAGUGCACAGACCAAAUUACGAUGAAUCUCAACUUCCAUCAAACACGCGACUGAACCAGAAAGCAAAUCAUACGUCGAACAAUUUCGAGCUGCUUCAUCAACAGAACCCGAAUGAUAAUAUACCGAAACCUGCGCUGCACUCACGACCGGACGAAAAAUUAUAUUAUCAAAAGUUGAAUUAUGAUGCACUUGUGCCUCCAGCAAACUCGCGACCAGAUUUUAGACCGAAUUAUCAAUCAUAUGACACACAAAAGCCAGGUGGUGCCGGAAAUUUACAAAUCAACGAUUUUAAUGACAGACAAAAUGAAAGUUAUCUCGCUAAUCCAAAUAAACCAUUAUAUCAAGAACAGUGGAAUUCGAAUAAUUAUCAGAAGAAACCUAGCGAGAGACCGUACGAUCAGGAUGAUCCUGAUGCAUAUCGAAAAAGACCGAACAUUAAAUUGUCAAGUUAUAGCACUGAUAAUAUUAAUCAAGCAAUCUCAACUAACAGGCCAAAUAACGAAUAUAAUUCUCAAUCUUGGAAAAAGAACUCGCCGAAUUCUGUCAAGAAUCCAAUACAAGGUGCGCUUUAUGGAUCUAUUCCAAAUUCUGGAACAACUAAUAUUCCUUCCUAUGAAAAAGGUACAACUUUUGAACUUAAAGGCUCAAGUAAUACAUCCCCUGCAAAUUAUAAUCGUUAUUCGGACACUACUCCAGUUUAUCAAAAGACGUCAACCUCUGCACAAAAUAGUUGGACGAGAGCUUCAUUCUACACGAAAGAAAGCAGUUCUCGACUUCCUCAAAGUGAGCCCUUUAAUCCGCAUACUCCUUCAUAUUAUCAGAAACUGACGAAUCACCCAGUCUAUCAGAAAAAUGAUCAAUCACAAUUGCCUUCUUACCCAAAUGAAUCGAUCGAUAGACCUCUUCCUACAGAUCCAAAGAAACAUGAUGAUUCAUAUAAAAAUCCUAGCAAAUCAUCUUUAGCUUUAGAUGAUCAAAUAUCAUCCGUCUUUUAUCAAGAUAAAGAUCAUACGACUCCAAUGUCGCAUUGGUCGGAAACUUCGACGACAAAUUUCCAAAUACACCGACAAAAAGAAAGCUUUACUCAGAAGCCAAUAAGAGUGCAAAGCGUCACAAUCGUCGACGAAGCAAUCGAAACUGUUCAUCAUCCCGGCCACUCCGGGUACAUACCUCAGCACAUUGUUACUAGCGAGGUUCCAAAACCAUUGGAGCAACAAAUAAAGAACGACGUGCCAGUUGUGAAAAAACCGGGACAAUAUUAUUACGAGAAGAACGUGCUGCAUCGAUAUCCAGACGAACCGGUUUUGAGACAAAAUCCCAAAAAUAAUUAUUAUUCGGUGGACGAAUCCAAGGAAACUCUCGUUCAAGAUCGAGGAGUGAACGUACCUGAAAAGAUCGCAAUGGAGACGUCGGUUAUCGACGACCCUGUAACAAACUCCAAAGUAAUUAAAAGCGACGAAAGUAAAUUGACAACGACAUCUACGGUCAUUAUCAAUGAUUAUGAGAAUAACGGAAGUGACACGGUAGAUGAUUCUCAACGCGCUUUCUUAGUAGAUGUCGAAAGUGUUGCACCAACUGAUAUUCCUGACAGGAUAAAUCAUUGGACAAAUCCGCAAGAAGAUUUGAAUUUAACAUCGAUGUUGGAAAUGCCCGGAAUUCCAUCCGAUGAAAUCGCAAGUGCCAGAGAAUUACCCAAGCCCAUUAAAUUGAGAAGACACACUACUUAAGAUCAUAUGCUGCUGGAUUCGUCCUCAGUACUUUUAUUUGUCAAGUGAAAUUGCGAGAAAGUUUCAAAACUCUAUCUGCUUUACUUAUUAUCGAAUGUAUGUAACUGCAUUUGUUUACCACUUGGACGGCAAGUGCAAAAUUAUUAAAUCUACAGCAUAGAAAUUAUACGCAAAGUAUUUAUUAAUAUUGUAGGCUUUCUAUUCUUAUUUAGAAAAUAUAAGUAAAUAUAUAUUAU